CCACGCAUGCUCUGUCUCUCUCUCAAAAAUAGAUAAAUGUUAUCUUUUCUGUGUAGAAAAGGCUGCUAAGCUGGAGUUUCAAAUAAUAGAACUUUCUUCCAUUUCAAUGGAGCUGUGCUAGGCCGUUCCGUCAUUCAUCAUUCAUUCACACAGGGAUUCACACCUACUUCUUGAGUCCUACGUACGAGGCCUUGUUCUAGGUACUAGGCAUACAGCGGGAAGUAAAGCGAAGGCCUUGUUUUUGUGGUUGUGGAGCUGAUCUUCUCGAGGACAAGAGGCAAGAAAACUAUAUAUGCAAAUAUGUCAUUUGGCGCUCUAGAGGAAAAUACAGACCACGUAAGGGGUAUGGGAAUGAGUGUAGGUUUGGUGUUGGGCACCGCUGUUGCUUUUUAUAAGGGACGGUCAGGGAAAGCCUCUCAAUGACAUUUGUGCCGCGACCUGAAGGGAUUGACGUCCACUGGAAGAAGAGUAAGCCAGGAGGAGUGGGGAGCCUGCUUAGUGGGCUGAAAGACAGUAAGGGACCUCUGCAGUUGGAGGAAAGGCAGUGAGGGGGGCAGUAUUUGGAGGCAGGGUCAGAGGGACAGCAGAGACCCACAUCACAUAGAGUUCUACAGACCGUUGUAAGGACAUUGGCUUUUUCUCUGAAUGAGAACACACUGAAGGGUUCUCUUCAAGUCUUCCCUUGAGGAUUACCUUGAACACUGGUUGGAGAACGGACUAUAGAGACAGGGAUGGGAACAAAGAAAUGAGUAAAGAUAGCUGGUAAGUGUAUUCAGGCAGGAACCAAAGGGCACAGGUGUUUGAUUUUGUGCACUUACCACCAUCUCUUUGCUUUACUGGUAAAGAUUAUUGUACUUGUCCAGACAAGGAUGAACACAGUGUUGGCACAUUUGAGCCACGUUAGUAAUACUUUAAUAAUACACAAAUUAGCAAUAUGCCGUGGCUCUUGGGAAGUUCUGUCGUUAAUGCUUUUUUCUAUUUAUCCAAUAGCAGUGUCCUUCUGAAAGGUCUUCCUCUCGUCUCUCCUGUUUUUAUUUAAUGUUGUACCAUUCUUUGAGCCACUCACGCUCAAACUUGUCACCUGUGACGUCUCUUUCCAUAGUCUCCAAACACAGGGGUCAGAUACUGUUGUUACCUGCCUGUCUUUCAAACCCAUAUCCUGUUUCUGCCAUUCCCAACUUGAGUUUAGACCCUCCUUUUCCUCUCACGGCUGGCCAUCAGAUUCCCCUUGUCCACUCCGUGGAAAGGGUAGCAAAAACAAUGCAGGGUUUGUAGCGGCGUCUUGAUUCAGAUUGGGCCAUCUUGGUUCUUCCACGUACCUCUUGGGCAUUUUGCAAUUUUUGAACCUCAGUUGUCCCUCUACAGAAUGAGCAUAACAGUGUCUAAUUGGUAGGAUCGCAGUGAGGAUUACGGGGGACUGUGGACUGUUGAGAGUGCACGGCAGGUCCGAGGAGUGGAUUCUUUCCACUUCCAUCCUUCCAGCUGGCUCCAUCCUGGAGCUGCCUGGCAGGGCCCAAAGCGUAGGUCUCAUUGUCUUUCCUCUUGCCAGAAACCUUUCGUGGUUUCCUUUUGCCUCACAGGUUAAAUAUGGGCCCUUUUGCCCGGCAUUCAGAGCCCCAGUUCUCUCCCCAUGACUUCCGUUUCCAACUUUGCCCCCAUUACGGUUCUUCUCCGUGUAUUUCAUGUAGAGCAAAUUCACCAUUUUUAUUAUCAUGCUGUCACUUCUGUAUGAGAACAUCUUCACGCUGUUACCCUGUCUUGGGUCCUGUUGUCUUCACAGAGCUCACAACUGGAAAUGGCUUGUCUCAGUCCUAAAACAUCACUGCACUUGGAGGAGUCAGUGUGGUACCCCAGCUCUGGAGCCAGAAAAGCCAGAUGCUUCUGUGUACCGUCAUCCUGGGGAUGUUGCCUGAUUUCUGCAUCUCGAUUACCCUUGCAAAAUGAGGACAAUAAUACCUCCUUGCUAGGGUUGUGGUGAGGACUAAGCAAGGGACUACAUGUGAAGCAGUUUGAAUAGUGUCUGAUACUUGGGAAGCUUAAAUCAGUUUCUAUGCAAUUACAGGCAUGAAUAGCCAACAUUAUUGUAUCAUUAGGACCUUUAUUUUAUAGGGAACUCAAAAUAAAAGCAUUUUGAGAUACAGUGGAGAAAGAGGCAUGGACUAGGAACCAGAAGACCUGGUUCUAGUACUGGUUCCCAUUACGAAAUAAGCUGUGUGAUGGCUAGUAUGUCACUUAGCCUCUCUGGACCUUACUCUCUUCAGCCGCAGAAAGAGAAGGAUGAACAAAAAUCUCUAAGCUUCCUUUCAGUUCAGAUAGCCACACGGAUAUCUGAUAGCCACCUGCAAUUCAAAUCGACCAAAACGGAACUCUUAAUUUCCACUUUUUGAAACACACUCCCUCCUUAUCUCCGUAAAUGAAUGAUACUACCAUCUAUCAGUGUAAGAAACCUGUGGGUUGCCUUUGAAUUGUCUGUUCCUUUCAUCAUCUACAUCUAAUCUAUCUGCCUAUCCUUUUGGUUCUACUUCCAAAACGGAUCUUGGUUCCAUCCCUCCGCUGCCUUCCUGCUUCCACUCUUGCCCUCUUUCAGCCUCAUUCCCACCGAGCCAAAGCGGUAUUUAAAACCUCAACCAGAUAAUAUCACUCUUCUGCUUUCAAGUCCCCGGUGGCUUUUCAUUGUACUUAGAAUGAGAUCUAGACUCUUGUAUGUCCUCCCACCACUCUCCCUCUUGUGCUUCAGCUGCCGUUUUCUCUUUUCCUGCCAGCUCCCCAAACUCACGUCUGCCUUGGGCUUUGCUGCUUUCUGUGCUUAGAAUAUUCAUCCCCCAGAUGUGGACGCAACUUGUUUCUUGGAUUUAGAUCUCCGCUCUAAUUGCCCGCCUCCCGCUAGUGCCUUACCACACCAUCCUGUGUUUUCCUGAGGUUUACCACUAUCUGAAAAUAGCUUAUUUAUCUCUCUCUGUCUUCGGUAGAAAUGAAACGCCUUCAUAGUAGGGCCUUUUUCCUAGCAGUGCUUCGUACAUAGGAAGAAUGCAAAAUAAAAAUACAUGAAGGAAUAAGUAUAAACCCAUUUUUAAGGAGCUAUCACAGUUCAUAUUAAGCGGAGGAUUGUGUUUGUAGUUUUCCAGUGUGAAAACUUUCCCUUCGUUUAAUCUCUCCUACUCAAUGAAGAUUACUGGGCACACAUGCUUGUGCUAGAAAUAGGACCGUUAAACAGUAUAACGACACAUUGGUUUCUUCCCCUGACCUAAAUGGCUCUCAAAUUUACCAUUCUCUCCAUCUCCUCACCCACACUAACACCUUACUGCAAAUACCAUCUUCUGUGGCCUAGAGGACUGCCUCCCCUCCGGUCUUUUUCCUGUAGGUUCUAAUCUCCCAACCAUCCGGACUGCAGACAGCAGCCGGCGAGCUUUGCAGUCGUUGCGGUACCCUUGCUUGAAAUUUGAAAGCUGAAGUUUUCCAUUGUUCUCGGGAUAAAGGCCAGAAUCCGCCCUGGUCCGCUACGUCCUGUGAGGCCGGCCCUCAGUCUCCACCGCAGCCCACGCUCCCUCCCUCCCCUCCUGGUUCCCGCCUGCCACCAAGCUGGUACCGCUUCCUGGACGGGUUCACUACCCAGCACCCAUGUUGUCUCCUUCGGAACUCAGGAUAUUGUCCCUUCCUCGGGGAAGCCCUCCCGGGUGAGGCCAAGCUCCACUCCCCCUCAUGCAGCCCCCUGUCAUCCACGACGUCUCUUUCAGUGCUCUGGUUUUAUAAGCGCACACUCUGGAAUACGGUAGCCUUGUAAACACGCGUAGCCGCGAGCUCGCAGCUCAAUAGCUAAUUGCGGAAGAAACGUACUGAAUAGUCGCCCGGCCGGUCCUCGCCCCUCCCUCUAGGGCUGCGCUGAGGCUGUUACGCAUUAAGCAGGCGCCGCGGGGACAGGAAUCUCACCGCGCCUGCGCGAAAGGGCACGCAUGCGCAAAAGAACGAGCCCGCUGACAGAUUGGCGGCGGCAGCGGCGGCGGCGGCCCUGGCCCUGGACUGCGGGGAAUGGGAGUCCUAGGUCUCUGAGCGCCGCCCCCGCCUCCCUGCCCCCGACAUGGCUCAGGAGAAGAUGGAGCUAGACCUGGAGCUGCCUCCGGGUACUGGCGGGAGCCCGGCGGAGGGCGGCGGCACUAGCGCCGGCGGGGGCCUCAGGAGGUCUAACAGCGCCCCCCUGAUCCACGGCCUCAGUGACACUUCGCCGGUGUUCCAGGCCGAGGCGCCGAGCGCCAGGCGGAACAGCACAACGUUCCCGAACCGCCACGGCCUGCUGCUGCCGGCCUCCCCCGUCCGCAUGCACAGCAGCCGCUUGCACCAGAUCAAACAGGAGGAAGGCAUGGACUUGAUCAACCGCGAGACGGUCCACGAGCGCGAGGUGCAGAACGCAAUGCAGAUAAGCCACUCCUGGGAGGAAAGUUUCAGCCUGAGUGACAACGAUGUGGAGAAGUCCGCCUCCCCGAAGCGCAUCGAUUUCAUUCCGGUGUCACCAGCACCGUCACCCACCCGGGGGAUUGGGAAGCAGUGUUUCUCACCAUCCUUGCAAAGUUUUGUGAGUAGCAAUGGAUUGCCUCCAAGUCCUAUUCCCAGCCCAACGACUCGAUUUACUACCCGGAGAAGCCAGAGUCCCAUCAACUGCAUUAGACCAAGCGUUCUUGGACCAUUGAAAAGAAAAUGUGAAAUGGAAACUGAGUAUCAGCCAAAGAGAUUUUUCCAGGGCAUCACCAACAUGCUUUCUUCUGACGUUGCACAGCUGUCAGAUCCCGGUGUGUGCGUAUCUUCUGAUACCCUUGAUGGAAACAGUAGCAGUGCCGGAUCUUCCUGUAACUCACCAGCUAAAGUCAGCACUACCACCGACUCUCCUGUGUCGCCUGCCCAAGCGGCCUCUCCAUUUAUUCCAGUAGAUGAACUUUCAUCUAAGUGAUUCACCCACCCAUCUGAGACUCGGGGUGUUUUUUUUGCAAUGGAGAGAAAAAUCAAGUUGGAGCAAGCACUGAACUUUGUCAAUUAAUUUGAGGCUCUUUCCUAUCUGACCCUUUUCCUUUUUUUGGAAUUUCCUGAAAUGUUGUUAUUCUAGAGAACUUUUAUGUCAGGUUCCUGCGGGAUGCCCUUGAAUUCAGUGUAGUAAUAUUUUCAGACGUUUUCCCAAUAAGUGUGUUGAAGCAUACGUCUUUAUGCUGCUAAUAUGUUUAAAUACAUAUGUUAUCCCUUGAUUUUUUAAAAUAAUUGAGAGCUCUAUUUAUUUAUGGGAUUAUUAAGUUCUGAUGCAAAUAUAAAUGUUGAAUUAAUCAGCAUAGUAAACUGAUGUUUUAGAAUUCCAUAUUUCAUGCCCACACUAAUUUUUAAUAUUACUUUUCAGUGAUUGCUGAUUUCUAUUUGAAGAAUAACUUACGUAUUUACAGCAGUUUUGUAAAAAGAAUGUUAGUUAUAACACAUCAACCCAGUGGUUGUCUCUUUUACCCAGGAGUCCUUGGAUAUUUAAUUUUCUGGGUACAUAAGUGGCUGGGAGGGGGAAUGAUGAGCAAAAUAUAAAAGCUUGCAACAAGUCUUUUAAAAUUAUAUAAUAGUAAACAUUUAAGAAAAGCAUUUUCUAAUGAAAUUUUAAUGGAAAUUCUAAUUAAUCAUGCAAAUAUCGCUACAGAAAAGUUAAAAAAAAAUUUUUUUUUUUUUUUUUUUUUAGACCAGAAAGUGCAUUCUCUCGGGUAUAAUCCUGAAGUGACACGGGCCAGUGCCUUGCAGUCUCAGCCCACUGUACGUAGGCUGAGACCAGGUUCUUUGUACCACUGCAAACUUAAAAGUUUUUCAAACAUAGAAAAUGUGGGAAGCUCUGUUGGACUUCACCAGGGCCCCCAGGCAGAUAAAAGUCUCUCAUUGAUUGACACGCUUUAAAAUAUCCAAUUGUGCCUCAGUGAAAUUCCUUGCCACCAAGGAGCCAGAGCAACUUUUGGCCACCUUUCUGUCCUGCCCAUCUGUCACCUUCCGGGUUUUCCCUGGCUCAGGAGGGAAGCAGCUGUUUCCUUGCCAACAGGUCCUUCCCCCCCCACCUCCCAACGAACUAGGGCAUCAUCGGUUAGAUAGAGGUACAGUGUAACUUGGAUUUCUGACAGUGAGCAACCACAGAACUGUGGAGUCAUGUCAGAAAACUCUAGUUAAAGCUGUAGCUGGAGUCGCCUGCCUUGGGAUUGCCGGUUGAUUCAGGGUCAGUGAUGUGCAAGAGAAAAAUCAGUGGAGGGUCACGUAGGUAAAUCAUUGCUUAACUUAGGUUUCGUUUAGGUAGAGUUCUGAAAUGUUCUUUUCCUUGCCUUGUUACAACUAAGACAAAAUACGGAAAUAUUUAAUAACAAACGUUUCUAUAUUAUACUUCCUAUAUCUUCCUUUACUGGAUAGAUAGAAAGAAUGGCAGCAAAAGGGGAAGGGGAAAAAAUAAAAGAGAGACCAAUACGAAAAGCUCCGACUUUCUUUAAGUUAACUGCUUACAGAGACUUUUAACGAUUGUGUGGAAUUUUUACAGCUAUGAGAAUAAAUGGAACUGGUCAACUUUUGAAA